CAGGCUCCGCAGCGUAACAAUGAGAGUGAUUGCCAUCUUACCCGCUGCCGGCACGGGUGAAAGAACUGGCCUUAAAACACCUAAACAAUUUUGUGAAAUUGCUGGCUUUCCUCUUAUUCUUCACACGCUCUGGAAUUUUCAGAGGCCUUGGAUUGCAGAAACUGUUGUAGCAGUAUCUGAUGACUGGUUACCUUCUCUGCAGGACCUUGUUACUUUGCACCAUUUGAAAAAUGUACAGCUUCUUAUUGGAGGUAAAACCCGUCACCAGUCUAUCAAAAUCUGUGUGCAAUAUGUCUGUGAGAGGAUCCAGAGUCAAAGAUAUGAAACCAGUGAUGUUAUCAUCAUUGUUCAUGAUGCUGUAAGACCGUUCGUAGCAGAGGAAACUCUCCAAAGAGUUACAGAGGCUGCUCAUAAACAGGGGGCUGCAGGGGUAGUAUGUCCUUUGGUUUCAACAACAUUAGCUACAAAAGAAGAUGGCAUUCUGGAUUAUUCCUUGGUGCGAUCCAAACACUGUAAUAGUCAUACUCCUCAAGCUUUCUCAUAUGAAACUAUCGUCACAGCAUAUGACAAGAUUUCUCAGCAUGAUCUUGAUCAUGGAACAGAGGUUCUUCAUUUAGCACUGGAAUAUGCAGGAGUGAGAGCUAAGCUGUUACACACAACAGAUGAAGUUUGGAAGGUUACAUACAGAAGGGAUAUGUGUGCUGCUGAACAAUUUGCAAGGGAGAGGCUUGCAAGGGUAGCUAUUCUUUCAGAUGGGGCUAGUCUUGAGAUUGGUGAUGUACUGGAAGAGAAAGUAAAGAAAAGGAGAUUGAGAAUCUUAUCAAAAUGCUCAUCUGUCACAACUCUUCCAUCCGAUAUAAACUCUGUUAUUGUAAUUGCAGAUACUCCUCCAAUCACUGAAUGCAUGUUAGAUGUAACAACGGUUUUAGAGAAAUUACAACAGCAGUGUCCACUCAAGGGAUCUGUCAUUCUACUUGUUACCAUGCCAGCAGAAGAGAAGAAUCUUCGAGAUAAUCUCAUGGAAAGAUUCAAAGAGCUCAGAUUAGACAAAAGAUACAGAGAUGUCUGUGUUUACUGUGUCAUCUUGGAAACAAAGAGUUUAGCAGUUGGGGCAGAGAGGAUAGACAGAGUAUGUGAACUUACAGCCAACCUGGUGUUGAGACAGGAUGAGCUGAUGUCUGGUCAAACAUUCAUUGUUUAACAUUACUAUUGUGGUAUCUAGCCUUUCUUUCUGCUAGUACGUGUAGUAUAUUUACAUUUCUGGCUGGGAUUGUUUUAACUUAUAUACUUUGUCAUCUUUGAUGACUCAUAUUUGUUCUCAGUUAUGAUAAUCUUGUAUAUUUGUCAGUUUUCAUUUUCAAACAGUGACCAAGUUAUGUGAUCUAGAUGGAUUUGAUAAUUUCAAUUUUUUCAAAUGUAGUUCACCCAAAUAAAGAUACAAGACAUGAAUUUUGCUAAUUACUCCAGAGCUUAAUUUGUAUGAAAUAUCAAAACAAUAAAAUACAUUGGCAAUGUGACAACUUCAAGAAAUAUAGCCAGAACAAGAGAACCAAGUUAACACAUAAAUGCACAUUUUGUAUACAACUUAGUUUUGUCAUUUUGGAUCAAUCAUGCAGAUCUUGCUGUUAAAGUGGGAAUAAAGAGAUUACAUAUUACACUUCUCAAAUAACACAAGUAUUGCCUUUGUUUUACUGUGAUUCCAAAAAUGUGAUAGAUAUUUCUUAUUUCAGUGCAUUAUGAAGCUGUACUAUUACCGUAAUCCUUUAGAGAGUUUUCAUAUUGCCCUUGUCUGCAAGGUAAAAUUGAUUCUUAGCUGAAUUUUCAAGACAGUUAACUUAUUAUAGAAGUUAACUGAAUGGUGAUAUUCAUUAAGGGCUUCCAUAUUGAUUCUUCUUUCUUAUACGCCCGUCUAGACAGGACGUAUUAUGGUAUCACGCUCGGUGUCCGUCCGUUUGUUAACUUUUCCUUGUAAACGUGAUAACUUCAGUUUAACUUAACUUAGGCUCAUAUAAUUUGUUGUGUAUGAUACUAGCAUGAUUCCCAGAAAGCCUUUUGAUUUUGAGGUCAAAAAGUCAAAGGUCAAGGUCACAGUGACAAGUUUUCAUCUUACCCUCCUGCAGUCCUUGAAAACACGAUAACUUCAGUUUAACUUAACCCAGGCUCAUAUAAUUUGGUGUUUAUGAUACUAGAGUAGAUCCAAGCAAUUCUAUUUGAUUUUGAGGUCAGAGUUGAAUUUGCCACCUUCCAAUUUUCUUGUUUGACCAAUAACUCCAUUUUCCGUGCUACAGAUGGGUGUAUUUUGUGCUCGCCGUAGCAACACUCUUAUUAUACAAUGAGCGAAUUUCUCAUAGCCCAGGCUACCUGUAUAUAUUUUAUUUGCAAUAUAUAUGCAUUGUAUUUUCAGAUACUGAAUUUAAAUGACUUUAUUAUUUUUAAGUAAUAAAAUAAGUAGAAAAGUAAUGUAGAAAUCUUAAAGUCUUGUAAGGUUAAGUUAUAUCAUGCUGUUAUCUUUAAAAAUGAGCCCCACCCUUAUGUACUGUAUGCAAAUAUGGUGCUAUUAUUUUUCAUGUAAUUUAAUGGAGUUUGUAUGUAAAACAUGAUGCAAUAGCUAUAUCUAUUAAUUUAUUUUGCCAAGUGCAUUACAUAUGCAACAUAUGCAGGGUUUCAGAUUUACCUUUAAGAAUAAUAGUAUUUGAAAAAUUUCAAGAAUUUAAAGAAA